GCCAUCAAGAAGUUUAACAUGAUCCAACCGAACGACAAAAUUCUUGUCUGUGUGUCGGGCGGCAAGGACAGUUUGUCUCUACUGCACUGCAUGCACGAGUAUCAGCAAGCCUGCAACCGUCGGCCAGAGCUGCCUUCUUUUGAGUUCGGUGCUGUCACCGUGGAUCCCGCUUUUGAACUACGUUUCAGGAACCACAAUCUCCGCGUUAUUCGACCCUUGGUUUUCGUGCGCGAGAAGGUGACGCGGACGUUUGCGGAGAUGGCCGGCUUGCCGAUCAUUCCAGAAAACUGUCCUGCCUGCUUCCAAAUGCCCAAAGAGCGGAUGCGUAUAAAAAGAGUACUUACGGAAUACGAGUCAAUUUUCCCCUACCUCUAUUCCAGCCUCCAGGCCGCCAUGAUGCCCCUCCUCUCUCGCAACGCUGCCCUCGGACUAUCUGGUUUUGAGGAUGCUCGACUAGCUAUUCAGAAUGAUCGGGCUGCAACGCCAGAAGAAGAUGGUGACGAUACUGACUGCCCGCGGCGCACUUCAUGUGCUGACGGGCAGUGUAAAGACUCCAGCAGCAUCGACCACUAA